CUUUUGAAAACGAAUUUUGAAAACGUUCCUAAUCUGUGCCUGGUAUGACUUCGAAAGGUCGAGAGCCAGUAUUUUUCUUCUUCGACAUCGAAGCCGCGAACAGUUCAGUUGGUGCUGACAUAAUUCAAUUUGGGUUACGUGCGAUCCAAGUGUCCAUUUGAUGGCAGAGUUUAGUGCAUUUGUGAAAACAAAGCAGAAAUUAUCAUCAUUCACCAUCAAACACCAGAUCCUUUUCCUCUUGUUUUCAAGAGGAUGAUGAAAUGGGUGACCAAUAGGACUUUGGCAGCAAGCAGGAAAAGUAGAAAAAAGGGAAAACAACAGAAAAUGUUUUACCCAGUUUUGCUUGCUCAUGGUGGCAAUCGGUCGGACUUUCCGAUGUUGGUGGACAACAUCUCUCGCCACAAAGCCUCAUCCGGCUAUUUGUACCCGAGACUUCGUGUGGGGGACACAUACCAACUUUGUGUAAAGCUUCAAGAAAACGGUUUGCCAAUAUUUGACAAACAAACGAAAUUAGGAAUGGAAGGUUUGCACAAAUUAUUCUUCCCUGGUGAAGACUUUAAAGAUCGUCACAGUGCUUUGGGAGAUGCCAGGUUGAUGAGGCAAAUUUUCGGGGGGCCGCUUCGCAACCACCUGGAAGAAAUCGAAACAAAGACGUUGUCUUCCUUUGUGGGUUUGCAAAAAAAGAAAAAGAAAAAAAAAGAAAGAAACCAAACCAUUGGCGAAGGUUGGCAUUGAAUUCGAGCAUUAACUCAGUAUUCGCUAGUAGUGCAAUUUGACGUAACCGCCUAUUUGGAAAGUUGAUUGAUGAAAGUAAGUUGUUUAAUUUUCUGCUUCGUGCUCCGUACUCCGUGCUCGUGUUUUACCAAUAGCCUAGGUAUAUUGUUUAUCCGAGUUUAUGGGUCUAAGUAAGCAAUAACCUAUCAUCCCUUGCACGCUCAGAGUUUACGGUUUACGCUUUUGGAAAGACAACCUUUCAGUGGAUGGGUGAAUAUCACUAUUGAUUUGGGCACAGAGAUUUAAAAAAUUACAACCGAUUCUUCCAUGCACCGAAAGCUACUGUCUGAGCUUUAAUCUGCACUUAAAGCAACAGUUUGGACCUAUCACAAAGUUUGGACCUAUUAGAAAAUCAAAGCGGAGAAGUAUGUUUAAGAAAACAAUGAAAGCGUGGUUAGAUUUUAAACAUUUCAACUGAUUCUUCAUCAGAAAGACACUGUCCGAGCUUUAAUCUGUGCAAACAAGUACAUUCUGUGCACAAAAUCAAUAGUCAUAAUCAAGGCAGA